AUGGUGGAUCGCUUGGCAAACAGUGAGGCAAACACUAGAAGAAUAAGUAUAGUGGAAAACUGUUUUGGAGCAGCUGGUCAACCUCUGACUAUUCCUGGCCGCGUUCUCAUCGGAGAGGGAGUACUAACCAAGCUGUGUAGGAAGAAGCCCAAAGCGAGGCAGUUCUUCCUGUUCAACGACAUUCUUGUUUAUGGUAACAUCGUCAUUCAGAAGAAGAAAUACAACAAACAGCACAUAAUCCCUCUGGAAAACGUCACUAUCGAUUCCAUCCAGGAUGAGGGAGACUUGAGGAACGGGUGGCUGAUCAAGACGCCAACAAAGUCGUUUGCGGUGUAUGCCGCCACUGCUACAGAGAAGUCUGAGUGGAUGAACCACAUAAAUAAGUGUGUUUCUGAUCUGCUUUCCAAAAGCGGGAAGACUCCCAGCAACGAGCACGCGGCCGUCUGGGUGCCGGACUCGGAAGCCGCUGUGUGCAUGCGCUGCCAGAAGGCGAAAUUCACGCCCGUUAACCGCCGCCACCACUGCCGCAAGUGCGGCUUUGUGGUGUGUGGGCCUUGCUCCGAGAAGAGGUUUCUUCUCCCCAGCCAGUCCUCUAAGCCCGUCCGAAUCUGCGACUUCUGCUACGAUCUGCUUUCCACUGGGGAGAUGACUGCUUGUCAGUCUGCUAGGUCGGACUCCUACAGCCCAUCACCGAAAUCAUCCUUAAAUGACGUAUCUGAUGAUGACGAUGAUGAAGACAGUAGUGAUAAGGACCAAACAUUUUUUCCGUGUGUUGGCAAUUUGUCUUUCAAACCGUAUGGAGCUGCUUUUGGGGGAGUCUGUAGUGAGGGUCCUCAGAAAAGUCCUAUUCUAGCCAUAAAAUACGCCUGA